AUAUGGAGGGAGCGGGUCGAGACUCCCGGCUCCACUAAAAAAUUAAGAAAUCGGUCCCCCACUUCUAUCGACAAGCAGCAUUUUCGUUCUUCAUUAUCGACAACGCGAUAUCCUUUUCUAUAGAGGUCUCGCAAAUAUGCCACUAUUACAAUCCAAGAACGCCACCGGGGGUGAUGCCCCCAAACAGUUCAAUCAGCCUUCGCGAAAGGGAAAGAAGGCGUGGAGGAAAAAUGUUGAUGUUACCGAGGUGCAGAAGGGUCUUGAAGAAUUGAACAAGGAGAUUAUCGCUGGUGGUGUUAUCAAGGAAAAGCCCUCUGAAGACUUGUUCACUCUCGAUGUUAAGGGCGAUGCCGCUCUCCCUAAAAAGUUCAACAAGCACAUCAAGAAGGGCCUCAAGGCUGACGAGAUCAUCAAUGCCCGCUCUCCCGUGCCCGCCGUUUCCAUGCGCAAGCGACCGGGCGACAAGACAACCAAUGGAAUUCUUCCUGUGAAACGCCAAAGGACUGAUUGGGUGUCACACAAGGAGCUCGCGCGACUAAAGCGAGUGGCCGAUGGAGAACAUCAGAAUACUGUCCAAGUACAAGAUGCCACCUACGAUAUCUGGGACAUGCCUGUAGAACCACAAGCGAAGGAUCCCGAAAACUUCUUGGAAGAGGAGGUCAAGCCCAAGGCUCCAAAGACGAUGAAGAAGGAGCCCCUUUCUCUGUUGGAGAGUGGCAAGCAAGUGCCUGCUGUUCUCAAGCCCACGGGAGGAUACAGCUACAACCCUGAUUUCAACGAGUACACACAACGUCUGGAAGAGGAGAGCGAGAAGGCUCUUGAAGCUGAGCGUAAACGCCUGGAGAAAGAGGAACAGGAGCGCAUUAAGCAGGAGGCCGCGGCCCGAUCAGCGGCAGAGGCAGAGGCGGCAGAGGCUCGUGCCAACCUUUCAGAGUGGGAGGAGGAUUCCGAAUGGGAAGGAUUCCAGAGUGGCGCUGAAGAUGAUAAGCCAUCCGCCAAGCGCCCACAGAGAAAGACCCAAGCUCAGCGCAACCGCAUCAAGCGCCGCAAGGAAGAGGAGCGUCUCGCGAAACACAAGGCUGCGCUCAAGGCCCACCGUCGCCAAGCCCAGCGCAUCCAGGAGAUCGCCGAGGAGAUCGAGGAAAGAGAUCGCAACAAGGCACUUGCCUUGCAAAAAGACGACGAAACCGACCCCAUUGAUGAGCUUCGUGCCGAGAAGUUGCGCCGCAAGCAGCUCGGCAAGUACAAGCUACCUGAACGAGAUCUUGAGCUUGUCCUUCCAGAUGAGCUCGAGAGUUCGCUGCGCCGUCUCAAGCCUGAGGGCAACAUGCUCCGGGACAGAUACCGAAGCAUGUUGGUGCGUGGCAAGGUAGAGAGCAGAAGACAUAUUGCUUUCCACAAGCAGGCCAAGCGCAAGUUUACGGAGAAGUGGACAUACAAGGACUUCAUGAUAUAAUAAAAGAUAGAUGGGCGUCUAGGUGUUUUAGGGAGAAAAUAAUAUUUCGACUUUUGCUGCGAGAAAAAAAAAAGGCCCCAGAAGCGUAACUCAUAGAGCAUAACUCCAUCAAGCAAAUUAGACCUGCGAUUCCUCUGCAGCAGCGCGUGUACAAACGUGCUUUUCGCAAGCCCUGCUAUGCCUCUAUACUAAGCUCCAACGCCUUAAAAGGUCUAAAGAAAUGACAAAUAUGAAGC